AUGGCUUCCAUGGAGCCUGUUAGGUGUAGUAUUAUGAUGCUAAUUACAGUAUUUGUGACAGUAGUUAACAGUGCAGAGUUAUUCCUUGAAUGGCACGUUACCUCUGAUUCAGGCAUCAAGCCGGUCUCUGCAGAUCAACCUGUUAUAACUAUCAAUGGCAUGUUCCCUGGUCCUCUUAUCAAUGCUAGCACAAAUGAUAAGGUCCACAUCAAUGUUUUCAAUGAUUUGGAUGAACCCUUGCUAUUUACAUGGAAUGGGAUUCAACAAAGGUUGAAUUCAUGGCAAGAUGGGGUUUCAGGCACAAACUGUCCCAUUCAACCUGGUACCAACUGGACUUAUGUCUUCCAAACCAAAGACCAAAUUGGAACUUUCUCCUACUUCCCUUCCAUCAAUUUCCUUAAAGCUGGGGGAGGAUUUGGUCCUAUUCGAGUCAAUAGUCGCCCUGUGAUCCCGGUUCCCUUUGCUAAACCAGAAGCAGAAUAUGAUCUUCUGAUUGGUGACUGGCUCCAAACUAACUAUAAAGAUGCUAGGUCCAAUCAGGAUGCUACUCCUGAAUGGAUGCUAAUAAACGGCAAGCCACCAUAUUUGAACAAUCUUUCAUUACCUCAUGAGUCCUUCAAUGUUACACAAGGAAAAACAUAUUUGCUCAGGAUAUCAAAUGUGGGUACAAAAUGGAGCUUCAACUUCAGGAUUCAAAAUCACACUAUGGUUGUGGUUGAAACUGAAGGGUCAUAUGUGAGUCAGAUGGAGUUGGAUUCUCUUGAUGUUCAUGUGGGGCAGUCUUAUUCUGUUCUUGUCACAGCAAACCAAAGUGUUAGUGAUUACUAUAUGGUGGCUUCUCCCAAACUGCAUAAUCCCUCAGAUAUAACCAGUCUUGUUGGCAUAGCUGUUCUUCACUAUGAGAAUUCAACCACUCCUGCUAAGGGGUCUCUCCCCACUGGUCCUGACCCAUUUGAUCUUCAAUUCUCAAUCAACCAAGCUAAAUCUAUUAGGUGGAACCUAACUGCAGGAGCCGCAAGGCCUAAUCCUCAAGGAACCUUCAAUGUAACAAAUGUGACGAUAUCUCAAACCUUCAUUCUGAAGGCAUCAACAUCUGAUAUCAAUGGCUCUUUGCACUACACUGUAAACAAUGUGUCAUACUUGACCCCAGAUACCCCAUUAAAGUUAGCUGACCACUUCAGCAAUGGAACUGGAGUAUAUGAUCUUGAUGAAUAUCCCACGAACUCUUCAAAUGAUAAAAUAGUUCGCGGAGUAUUUGUAGCAAGUGGAUUGCAUAAAGGGUGGCUGGAGGUUGUGUUCAAAAAUGAACUGGAGACUAUAGAUACUUGGCAUUUGGAUGGAUUCAAUUUCUUUGUUGUUGGGUUUGGUGAGGGAAAAUGGAAGCCAGAAUUGAGAUCAAAAUACAAUCUUUAUGAUCCAGUGUCACGCUCCACAGUGCAAGUGUUCCCUAGAGGAUGGAGUGCUGUGUAUGCAUACCUCGAUAACCCAGGAAUGUGGAAUUUGAGAUCACAGAAACUCAGAAGUUGGUAUUUGGGCCAAGAGCUCUAUGUGAGGGUCUAUGAUCCUGAUCCCAACCCUAGCAAAGAGGACCCGCCUCCAGAGAACCUCCUCUUAUGUGGAAAGUAUCAACCUGAUGCACCAGGCCCUUCUCCCUCAGGGCCACCUGCACCAUCACCCUCUAAUUCCAGGACAUGGGGUCCCCCAGAUAUGACAUGGCCUCUUGUUGCCAUGAUCACCGCCCUGCUUCCUCUAUAUUGGCCAGCAACUUAA